UCCGUUUAUAUUUAAAGGAAAAAAAAAAUCAAUGGGGAACUCCAAAAUUGUACUUAAAUUUCGUGAUUCUUUCAAAACGGUCCCUACUCCCCAGUACAUGUUACAACGUACUAACGAUGAUUCUCUAAGUUCAGUUUUUUUAACCAUAUAGUAUUUGGAAUAUAUGGAUAAUGCCCAUUUAGUCAACCCAACGAAAUUAGUAUAAGCAUAAUGCAUGUGUCUCGUUUUAAAAUUGACUACUCAUAUGUUAAUUUAAUUCCCUAUUUCUGUUGACAUAAGUGAAAGAUUGGAAAUUCUUUUUACAAGAUCUCAAGAAAACUUCCAGAAACAAGCAUUUGUGUUUGAGCUAUAAUUGAAUGAUCAAGUGGAAAUUUUGGAGUCUCCUUCUGCUACUAACAUUUUAAUGGAAAUACAUGUACUACUUGUUUUCGGAUCUUAAUAGAGCAACCGUUUUGUUUACGUGAUUUUAAAAUAUCGUUAAACGAAAUAAACGAAAAAUUAUCGGCCUCUCUGUUUUAAUCUGCUUCAUGGAAUGUUGUUCGUAAUCAGCUGAUGUUCAUCCCUUUCCAUUCCCUUCUUUCUCAACUCUCAAAGCUGAAGCUUACCAUCUCAAGAACCAAAGAGCUUCACGCUUUUAUAAUGAGGACUCAUCUCUCACACGACCCAUUUUACGCUACAAGAAUUCUGAGGUUCUAUGCUCUAAACGACGACAUCAUCUCAGCUCGCAACCUGUUUGAUAAAACUCCCCAUCGAAGUAUUUACCUCUGGAAUUCCUUAAUUCGAGCUUAUGCUAGAGCCCACAAGUUUACAGAUGCAUUUUCUCUGUUUAAGGACAUGCUUUAUUCCGAAAUAAAGCCUGAUAACUUCACUUUUGCAUGCCUUGUUCGAGCCAGCUCUGAGAAUUUUGAUGUGCCCAGCUUGAGGGUUUUACAUGGAGCGGUUGUUCUAUCUGGGUUGCAGUGGGACUUCAUAUGUAGUAGCCAACUGGUAACUGCUUAUUCAAGAUUAGGCUGUAUAGCUGAUGCAAGCAAGGUGUUUUCUGGGAUAACUGAUCCUGAUUUGGUCUUAUGGAAUUCAAUGAUGUCAGGUUAUGGUUGUCUUGGAGAGUUGGAGAAGGGGCUAGAAUUGUUUAGCAGAAUGCAGAAAAUGGGGGUCAGGCCUGAUGAGUACACAAUGGUUGGCCUGAUUAUAGCUAUAUAUGAUCCUAGUGUGCUGAAAAUAGGAGAAUCAAUCCAUGCAUUUUGUCUAAAACUUGGUGUAGAGUCAAAUUCUCAUGUAAGCAGUCUCCUUGUUAGUAUGUAUUCUAGAUGUAAAUAUACGGGUUUAGCUUUUAGAGUUUUUGAGAGUCUUGUAGAACCUGAUUUAGUUACAUGGUCUGCAAUAAUAAGCGGUGUUUUGCUGUGUGGGAAUAGUGUCAAGGCCUUGGAUUUCUUCAGAGAAAUGAAUAUGAAAGGCGGGAAGGCGGAUCCACCGCUGAUAGCCACUAUACUAACUGCUUGUUCUCAAUUGACAAUUGUGCGGCCAGGCAGCGAGGUGCAUGGUUAUUCUUUUCGACAUGGAUGUCACUUGGAGGUUAUGGUCUCCUCUGCUCUAGUUGACAUGUACUCAAAAUGUGGAUUCUUGGAAUUGGGAUAUCAAGUUUAUAAGACUAUGACUUUCAAGAAUAUUGUUUCAAUCAAUUCAAUUAUUUCAAGUCUUGGUUUAUAUGGACUUGCAUCUCAGGCCUUUCAGAUAUUUGAGAAGGCACUGGAUGAAGGGCACAAACCAGAUGAAGCUACUUUUUCCGCGCUCUUAUGUGCAUGUUGCCAUGCUGGUCUUCUUAAUGAUGGUCGAGUAUAUUUCAGAAGAAUGAAAGAUCAAUUUGGCAUCCCAGCUAACACCGAACAUUAUGUUUACAUGGUAAAGCUUCUUGGAAUGGAAGGACAAUUGAGAGAAGCUUAUGAACUUGUCCAGUCUCUGCAGGAACCAGUUGACUCUGGCAUUUGGGGGGCACUAUUGUCAUGCUGUGAUGCUCAUAGAAAUUAUGAGUUGGCAGAUAUUAUAGCUUCUCGUUUUGGUAAUAAGCUACAGAAUAGUCGUUACAAAGUUAUGCUUUCAAAUAUGUAUGCCAGUGAUGGGAGGUGGGAUUUGGUAAAUAAGUUGAGAGUGGAUUUAGGAUCCACAGGGUUGAAACUGGCUGGAAAAAGCUGGAUUUCUAGUAUAAAACCAUUUCCGUGAAAGGAAUUCUUAAGGUGUCUUUGCUACAUAUUUCAUGGUUCACUUUGUUGAAUCUGGGAUCAGAAGCUGCGACUGAGGUACGUAUUGCUCCUUGGUGAAUGGAUGACAAAGAUCUUUUCUCCUUUUGGUUUCUGUUCUAUGAUCGUCAAACUGGUGGCCACUUUGAUUUGCUCAAGUAUGGUUAGAAAUGGUAUUCAUUUCAUCAUGUAAAAUUUACACAAACUAAUCUGUGAAAUUGUCGUCAGGGUCACAGAUAGUCUAAUGGGCAGAAUGCAGACCGGAAUAUUUAGGAAGUACAUUGACUGCAGGCUGUCGUUCUCCUGGCCUCAGGUAUCAUGUGUUUCAUAGUCCGCUAUCAGAGGUAGCAAAGUUGUGUUUGCAAGCUUCAAAGACUCCGAAUGAUGGGCAGGGUGUUCUUUGUAAAUGUGAUAUGAUAAAUAGUGGUAGCUUCUGAAUUUUCUAGAGGACAAAGGGCAUGUUAAGGAGUGACAUUUAAGUUAAGAACCGGACGUGGAAUAGCUAGGAAUACAAAUGCCAGGGACCAUAUUCAGGAUUGGUUUCUCAUCACUCUUAUUCCUAUUAGAUUCUAUCAAUUAUAUCAUCAACUUACCUCAAUCUGAAACUAGCUGCUCCCACUAGAUUCUAUUGCUAUAAAAGUUGAACAAUAUAUGCAUGCAUAAAUAGUUUCGGUGAGUCUUUUGGUGUGACUUU